AUGGGCCUCAACAUGUUUUUCGCUGAGCUGGUGCUGAUGGCGGCCGGCCUGGCGCACGCGGCCAUCUUCCCGCCGCCCCUCGACUUCCCUCGAUCUCCUCCGCCUCCUCGCCUAGUCCAGGACCAGCACCACGCCCCCGAACACCUCCUCAAGGCGUUCGGCCUGAGCCAGCCGGGGCGAGGAUGGCACGCCGAGCCGCCGCAGUACAUGCUGGACCUCUAUCAUCGACUGGCGGACGCGAGUGGCUUGACGCGCGGGCCUGGCCCUUACGGCGCCACCGUCAUCAGGGCCUUCGCCGAACGAGAAGGGAGUGGCGCCUCCACCUUCCUGUUUCCCCUGACUGGCCUGGAGGAAGGAGAGGAAGUGCUCGAGGCCGAGUUCCACUUCUACCACUCGCGUCUUCCCAAAGCUCAGCGCCGCCUUUUAGAGGACAACACGUACUUGGUGGAGGUGGAGAGCACAAAGGCAGACGAGCGGCGAGUGGUGGGCAGUCAGCACGUGGCAGCCCACAGCGCCGGCUGGCGAGUUUUUAAACUGGGCUCCGUCGUGGCUGACUUGCAGGAGGCCCAUGGCCACCCGCGCCACAGCUUGGUGGCUUUCGAGGUGCGCGCCAUGACUGCCGAUGGCCAAGUGCUGCCCCUGGGUCUCCACCAUGGCGCCAGAGGAUCCAGGCAGCCAUUGCUCGUCCUCUUUAACAAGCAAGCCAGCAUUAACGACACCCGAAACGCAGCCGAUUUCGGUAAGAUAACCAAUGGGCUCAGGUCACGGAGUAGUGUAUCACGCUGUCGCACUUAUAUGUGA